AUGGAGAAACUUUUACUUCAACUGAAUAAUUCCAACGUCCAUAAUAGUAGCAAUGAGGACACCCAACUGGACGGAGGAUAUCAAAACACCGAUCCCAAACAGUUGAACAUAGUGAUCCCGCUGAUUUUAGCCGCUAUCUGUUUGGUCGGUUUUGGUGGAAAUGUCCUAAUUAUUGCAGUUUUGGUCACGAAUGCAAGGAAAGGUCGAACUUCGAUGAUAAAUUCGUUAAUACUCAAUAUGAGCGUAGCUGACCUCUUUAUUAUGUUGUUCUGCGUCCCUUUCAGGGCCAUUGCUUACUCCAAGCCUUUCUGGACUCUCGGCUGGUUCAUUUGCAAGACGGCAGAUUGGUUUUUCCAGAGCUGCUUGGCCGCAAAAAGUUUCACCUUAGCUGUGCUGGCUAAAGCUUGCUUCAUGUACGUGUCGCAUCCGUCCAAACAAGUCCAAAUCAAGCAUCGGAGAGUGGCCCUGGUCAUCACCUCUAUCUGGGCGCUGGCGUUUAUACUCUCGGUACCGCACUGGCUCUUUGUAACUAUCAGCCAUGAAUCUGAGGAGAUGAUGUGCAUUCUUGACUGGCCUGAAAUUGCGUCCAAUUUUCUGGCAAUUUUUACAAAGUUGUAUCCUAUGUUGGUUUACUGUCUUCCUGUGGCUUGUACUUUCACUUAUCACUGGAAAGCUUUCAGAAAGUGCAAACGACGAGGAGCCAAAAAUCAGAGCUUGCGGUAUCAGAUCAGAGGGCGGCGACUGACCGCUAUGCUCUUUGGAGUCAGCUUGGCCUUCGCUGCCAUGUGCGUCCCUGAGUGGCUGCUGUGGCUUUGGAUCCGACACAUCCAGAAGGACGACCCCUCGCCACCCGCAGCUUUCAUCGUGUUCUCGCACGUCCUGGUCUUCAGCAUCUCUCCGGUCAACCCACUUAUCUUCGUCUCGAUGUCUGAAGAGUUCAAAGAAGGUUUCACCGGUCUGUGGAAAAGGCUUAUCUCCAGCAAGCCACGGACAUCUCCGAGUCUCUCCGGUAGCCAACCCCAGGAGACCAGGUCAGAGAGUGUUCCGGAAAACCGACAAAAGUGCCAGAAGGAGAAAGCUGUUCAAGUUCCAGACCAUGAAGCCGCUCAAGAAAAUACAGAGAGCCCCACGAAUAAAACGGCCAACAUCGUCCUGUCCGAUAUGGAACAGUUUUGGCAUGACAGACAAAACGCGGCGGCCAGUGUGGAAGAAGACCCAGUUCCCUGGGAACAUCAGAGUGGAGCAGACCCUCCACUCCCUGAGGCCGGUAGAAAGAUGUGA